CUGUCUCCUUUCUCUUUGCAUUCUUCUUCUCUGAGAAAAGAGAGCAAAAAAAAAUGGCUAAGCCCUUCUUCUUUCAUCAUCUUUUCGUUUUACACACAAUCUGGUGCUCAUAAUCUAAACACUAAUCAAUAACUAAAGGAAACCCCAAGUUUUGACGAACAGAGCUAUUUCGUUUUUUUUCCCAGUUUUUUCUGCCUCUCCGUUUGGAUUCUUGUUUUCAUAUUAUGGGGUUGUAAUUUUUUGGGCUGGAAAUUGGUUGUUUCAGACCUUUAAACGAAAACCCACUUGUAUUGUUUCGAUUUUGAGCUGGUUUUUAGCUCAAAGUUGGGAGCUUUUUUACGCAGUUCUUUUUUUUUUUUUUUUUUUUGUUUUUUCAUUAUCAUUUUUUUGAUUUUGGGGGUAGUUAUGGUUACCGAUGCUUAUUCGAAAUUUGGGACUGAUAUUUCACUGCGAUCGGCGCUGAAAAGUGGCGAUUAUGGUGAGGAUUUGGGGAUGUUGAUACGGCAACAGAGGCAACAGCACGAAGCUGUGAAUGACAGAGAGAAGGAACUCAGCCUUUGUCGGAGUGGCUCUGCGCCGCCGACCGUCGACGGCUCUUUAACCGCCGUUGGAGGUAUGUUUAAUGCUUCCGACUUAUUGGGAUUCAACAAAACUGCCGGAAAAGGUUUCAUUUCUGAUGAAGAGCUUCGUUCUGAUCCCACUUAUGUUAACUAUUAUUAUUCCAAUGUGAAUCUGAACCCUCGCCUUCCGCCACCGCUUCUCUCUAAGGAGGAUUGGCGGUUUGCACAGCGGUUGCACGGCGGAGGCGCCGUGGGGUUGGGGGGAAUUGGAGAUAGGAGGGAAGGUUGUAGAGGCGGUGAUGAAGGGGCAAAUGGGAAUGGAUCACUUUUCAUGUUGCAGGCUGGAGUUGGAGCCAACGAGGAUUCCGGUAUCGAAUCAAGGCGGGUCGCUGGCGAUUGGGCCGGCGAUGGCCUUAUUGGGCUGCCGGGGUUGGGAGUCGGCAGUAGGAAGAAAAGCAUUGCAGAGAUCCUUCAGGAUGAUUUAAGCAACGGAAUAACUAUCUCCCGACAUCCUUCUCGUCCGACUAGCCGCAAUGCAUUUGACGAAACUCUGGAAGCUUCAGAAAGCCAAUUUGCUUACUUACAUCAAGAUAUGGCAACAAUUGGUGGGAACAAACAGGGGAUAUCGGCAGUCCAAGGAGCUGGUGCCUCUACCCCUCAUACAUAUGCAUCAGCUGUAGGAGCCUCUUUGUCGAGAACUACGACUCCCGACCCUCAAAUCAUAGCGAGAGCUCCGAGUCCUCGUAUUCCUCAAGUUGGUGGGAGGGUAUCUAGCACUGUGGAUAAAAGAAGUGCUUGUGGUCCAAAUUCUUUCAAUGGGGUUUUGCUGCAGUCGAGUGAUUCUGCAGACCUGGUGUCUUCGUUUUCUGGCAUGAAUUUGUCAACAAAUGGUAUUCUAGAUGAUGAGUGCCACUUGCGGUCGGAUAUUCAGCAGGAGAUCGAUGAUCGUCAUAACUUUUUCAAUCUGCAAAGUGAUCAAAAUGAUAUGAAAAUGUUCCUUAGUUUAAAGAACUCAGAUUCUGGGAAGUUUCAUCUGCAUUCAUCUUCUCAUUCAGCUAGAGGAUCUCAUCAAAUUAAUUCUCUUGCAACAGGUGUGGAUCAAGCAGAAUUCAACAAACAAGCUGUUUCUUCCCCUACUUCAUAUAUGAAGGGGCCAUAUAAACAAACGCUUAAUAAUGCACGAGGUUCACCAUCUCGCAAUCAGAAUCUUGAAAAUGCGAAUUCUUCGUUCUUGAAUUAUGGAUUCAGUGGCUAUACUUCUAAUCCUCCAGUUUCGUCCAUCGUUGGGACUCAUCUCGGCAGUGGUAAUUUACCACCUCUGUAUGAGAAUGCUGCUGCUGCAUCAGCAAUGGGAAUGAAUGGCAUGAAUAAUAGAACCUUCAAUGGAUUAGCUUUAGGAUCAAGCAUGUUGGAAACAUCAGGCGAAUUUCAAAAUAACAACAGGUCGGAAAAUCAUAGUGCGAUGAGCGCUAUGCAGUUACCUGCAUUGGACCCGUCUUACAUUCAAUAUUUGGGGUCAAAUGAAUACGCUGCUGCACAGGUGAACGGCGUUAAUGACCCUCCGUUGGAUGGCGAAAGUUUGAUGGGUAAUGGAUAUAUGGAUUUAUUGGGAGUCCAGAAAGCCUACCUGGGAGCAUUGCUUUCACCUCAAAACUCACAAUUUGUUCUACCCUACUUUGGUAAAUCUGGUAGUCUAAAUCAUAAUUACUAUGGCAAUCCAGGCUAUGGUCUCGGAAUGUCGUAUCCUGGAAGUCCAUUAGCUGGAUCCCUUCUUCCUGGCUCUCCUGCUGGGUCGGGUAAUGGCAUCAACCACAUCAGUAAGCCCGUGCGCUUCUCGUCGGGAAUGAGAAAUUUUACUGGAGGUGGCAUUGGAGGUUGGCAUUCUGAAGCUGGUGGCAAUAUGAAUGGAAGUUUUGUGUCUUCUUUGCUGGAUGAGUUCAAAAGCAAUAAAAGCAAAUGUUUUGAACUUUCAGAAAUCGCUGGCCAUGUUUUCGAGUUCAGCUCUGAUCAGUACGGAAGUCGUUUCAUUCAGCAGAAACUCGAAAAUGCCUCUUUUGAAGAGAAAGACAUGGUUUUCCAUGAAAUUAUGCCACAAGCUCUUUCCUUAAUGACCGAUGUUUUUGGUAAUUAUGUUGUUCAGAAGUUUUUUGAGCAUGGAACUGCAUCUCAAAUAAGGGAACUAGCUGAUCAACUCAACGGACAUGUCCUAGCUCUCAGUCUUCAAAUGUACGGCUGCCGAGUGAUUCAGAAGGCAAUUGAAAUGGUUGACGUCGACCAGCAAACUAACAUGGUUAAAGAAUUAGAUGGUCAUAUCAUGCGUUGUGUACGUGACCAAAACGGGAACCAUGUUGUACAGAAGUGCAUUGAGUGCAUUCCUGAGGACGCGAUUCAGUUCAUUGUUUCGACAUUUUAUGAUCAAGUGGUUACACUGUCCACUCAUCCUUAUGGUUGUCGUGUUAUACAGCGAGUCCUUGAGCACUGCCAUAGCCUGAAAACGCAGCAUAUAAUGAUGGAUGAAAUUUUGCAGUCUGUCUGCACUUUGGCUCAAGAUCAGUAUGGAAAUUAUGUUGUGCAGCAUGUAUUGGAACAUGGGAAGCCACACGAACGUUCUGCUAUCAUAAAGAAACUAACUGGGCAGAUAGUUCAAAUGAGUCAACAGAAGUUCGCCUCCAAUGUCAUCGAGAAAUGUCUAACUUUUGGAAGUUCUUCUGAACGCCAGGCCUUGGUGAAUGAGAUGCUCGGUACCACCGAUGAAAAUGAGCCCCUUCAGGUUAUGAUGAAAGAUCAGUUUGCAAACUACGUUGUACAGAAAGUGCUGGAAACUUGUGAUGACCAGCAACUUGAACUAAUUCUUAAUAGGAUAAAAGUUCAUCUAAAUGCUCUCAAGAAGUACACCUAUGGUAAGCACAUAGUCGCUCGUGUGGAGAAACUCGUCGCUGCUGGAGAGAGGAGGAUAAGCAUUUUGACUCCGAAGCCAGCGCAGAUGGUUGGUUAGGGAAACAGGGAAGAAAGUUGUACAGCUAGCCGAGGAUAGCACAAAGCGCGGUGUCUCUUUCCGCUUCCGUUUAAUAUCUGUCUAGUAAGUAAUAGCUGCUGUAUUUAUAAUGAUGAUUCAGAUAGAAGCUGACUUGAAAUAAGAAAAAAAAGUACAAAAAAUAAAAAAAAAUAAAAAAGAAACAAAAAAAGAAGGAACUGUUGGCUGUACAUUUUAUAAUCUGAGAGAGUAUAGAGAAAGUGAAGAGGUAGAUGAAGAGAUCGAGGGACAGAUGAACAAAGCUGAUGGCUCUGCCCCUAAAGAGAAA